AUGUCCAAGAUCCCCCGCAGCAAUGAUCCGUACGUAAACAACCAGAAUGCCAUGCCUAAACCCAUCGACCCCGAAUCUGACGAGGGAAAGAGAAAGAGCGAACUGGCUAGCCGCAAAAGAAGACGUUCUAUAAGUCUCAAGAGAGUCGGGAGCAUCAUCCCAAAAUGCCCCAGUCCAAAAAUGUUGCCAUUCAAGGACGCAUUUAAACAUUUCCCCAAAGGAUGGUGGAAGUGCACAUAUGCACACUGUCCCGUGGGUGCCCAUAGUAUAGGCGAGCGUAUAUGUCCCGAAAUGCGCAGUCCUGGUGAAGUUUUUGCAGACGGCCAGGUAGAAGGAGAAAGAGAUCCAAUAGAUAAGAAGGAAGGUUGGUGGUGCUGUACUGUAGAAGGAUGUAUAAUUAGGUCUGCCUUCACAACCUUGGAACUCUGUUGCAAAUGUCCCGGGUCACUUGGGAGGGAUCAAGCAAUUCGGAGUUGUGAGGAGGAGCGUCCAAAAUCUUCAUCAGCGUACAACAUUAAGUGUGUCAUGGCGGAGAUGAAGCAAAUGGCUGAAGAAUCAUCUGAGGAGGAGAUUGACGAGAUGGAGGGCGGGCUUGAAGAGGAAGAGGAGUAUUUUAUUGAGCCUGAAGACUCUUCUAAGCCAAAGAAAUUGUUAUUGUUGAAACUUCCUUUUCAACUGGGGGAGAUAGUCCUGGCGGAUAAGCUCUCCAGCUCCAGGUAG